AUGCACCUCCUCGAAGGUAUCAGAAUGGAACAAGGAAAUUCGGGUUCUUGGGAGACGGAAUGUCUUUCGAGAGAAGAAGGAAUUCCCAAAAAGAGAAAAAUUGAAGACGAAAUGACCUAUCACAAAAUAUUGCAAUUGUAUGUCACAAAAAUUAACUACACUAUUGACACUCAACUUCCACCCUUGCUCAAUGAAUACUUAAAAGAGAAACAUUCCGACAAAAUAUCCUCUCUCGAAGAUCAAAUGAAACGUGUCAUUUCAAAAAUUGGAAAAACUCGAAAACUUUGUGGGGCAUUUUCUAACUUUUUUUCUCAACAGGAAAUUUUGGUGAGUUAUUCAUCUCAGAGGCUUUCGAGGGAGAAAUUGUGGAAAUUAUUUGGAGGUCAUGCAUCUGGAUAUGAAUCCAUGAACGAAUUCCAAACCCAUCGAGAACUCUCAUUAGCUGAAUUGAAGGCACCGUUCAAGGCUGUUUUUAUGGAUGAUUACAAAGUCGCCGAGUCGGUGGAAUCAACAUAUACUGUGUUUACAAGCUGUGGAUUUCCUUUGAGAGUGCUUUUUGAUUAUUGGAUAAUUGUUCCAGAUUUUAACGAUCCUGCAGAGACAUGUUUCAUUAAUGGUCAUCGAUUGUUUUCUCAUUUCUUUGAAAAAGAAACAAAUGAAUCGCAUUCCGUGUAUUCUGAGAAAUGUUUGAAUUAUGUGAAAUGUAUUUUGUUUGGUCAACACGCACAGCAGGAGGAUUCAGUAAUAUUGAACACUCUCUUGUAUGAUUGGUUGCGUUUGGGAUUGUUUGAGAAUUCCCAUUCGUAUGAGUCGUCAGUUUCAAGUGAUUCAAAGGCUCUCCCCACAUUCAAAAACAGUACAAAUUGCGCAAUCCAGUUCUGA